GUGUUUGACCCAUGACGUCUGAUUCAACUAGGUAAUAUCGAGUUCAAAAGCGGGUAGGAUAAGUGCGGGAGUAGACGAUUUAGCUAGAUCUUGGACGAAUGUGCUCAGCGAUGAGUGGUAAGGGCAAGCUGUAGUCGUGAGAAAUUACGAUAAGUCUUUGUACUUAGCACGCGUCUAAGCCGUCAUACUGGUCGCGACUGGCGGCGAGCUAGAACUCGAGGGCAGUGAAUGUUGCGGCUAUGGCGAGCCAGUACCAUUCAAAAAGCUGUAAAGGAUUCACGCGUACAACGGAGACAAUUUCGGGAAAAUUCCUCCCUGCUGAUCCCAAACUUUACAUCAAUCGUUCUACAUAGAAAUUCCCCCUGGAACUGCAAAUCACACCGCCUCAGCAGAUCAUAUUCGCGGUUUGAUGCUACCAGUCGUACUCUCCCCGCGAAGUCUGGGACCGCGCUCUCUGACGCGCAGCGUAGAACUAUAUACGCGCUCUCCACACCUCCUGGAAAAGCAGGUAUUGCUGUCAUCCGGGUUUCGGGACCUGACGCCCUUGAAGUUUGGCGACGAGUGACGCGCAAAACAAAGUCUGGAGAUACACCGACUCCAUGGAUGCUCCAGCGCAGACAUGUUGUCGAUCCAGAGACCGAAGAGAAACUCGAUGACAGCUUGACUGUCUUCUUCAAGGGUCCAAAAUCAUUUACCACGGAAGAUACUCUCGAACUUCACAUCCACUCUGGGCGUGCAGUACUUUCCGCAGUGUUACGUGCGCUUGCGAAACUACCAUACUGUCGACCUGCUGCCCCGGGCGAGUUUACGAGACGUGCCUUUGAGGGUGGCCGACUUGAUCUUACCCAAGUCGAGGGCCUACGCGACUUAAUAGAUGCUGAAACAGAAGCUCAAAGAAGGGUUGCCGUUGGUGGAGCAGAGGGGACUGCAAGAGCGCUAUAUGAAGCACUCAGGUCGCAGAUACUGGAAUGCCUAGUUUUUGUCGAAGGUUUUAUUGAUUUUGGAGAGGAUGUGGACGAACUCGGCCAGGAGGCGAUGAUUAGAGAAGCUCAUGUCCGUGCAUUGAAUAUCAUCAACUGCAUUCGUUCUCACCUGGAUGACAACCGCCGUGGGGAGAUUCUGCGCUCAGGAAUCAAACUCGCAAUAUUCGGACCUCCGAAUGCUGGCAAGAGUAGCUUAUUCAAUUUUCUUGCCCAGCGUGAUGCGGCCAUUACGUCACCUAUUCCGGGAACUACACGGGAUGUGCUGACUCUGACCUUGGAUAUCGGAGGUUUUCCCGUCGUUCUUAGCGACACUGCUGGCCUGCGAGAAACGGUGGACACUAUAGAGCAAGCGGGGGUGGGUCGUGCAGGCAACGCUGUGAAAGAGGCUGAUUUGUCUCUUUGUGUUCUAUCCCUUCCUGAUGUAUCAUCCUCUCUGGACAAUGGGCAGGUUCGAAUCCCGGAUGAGGUUAAGAGCCACUUGAAACCAGAUACCCUUUUCUUAUUGAACAAGUCUGACACUAUCACGAGCCUUCCUCGCAAGCAGUCCCUCACUUUUACGGAGUCUGUAGACGACUACGACAACAAACGACCCCAAUUCUGGACAGUGAGUCUUCGCACGUCCGAGGGCACCCAAUCCUUUCUAGAUGGUCUCGCGGAGGUUUUACGAACAAGGUUCUUUAUUCACAAAUGUCCAACAUCUACCGGUUCAACGGACAUCCUAACCUUUUUUGCCAGAUACACCGAUGGUAUCGAUUGCGCAAGCCCGCUCAUUACGCAUGCUCGCCAUAGGGAUUUCCUCGAACAAGCUGUCAUGCAUUUGGAGGAGUUCAUCACCUUCCCUCCUUCGCAAGUUGACAUCGCUGCGGAGUCCUUGCGGUAUGCAGCUCGGGCGAUUGGUUCUGUUUCUGGACUAGAUGUUGGCGUCGAGGAAGUCUUAGGCGGAAUAUUCAGCUCGUUUUGCGUUGGGAAAUGAUUAAUCCUUUAUGAUUCUGUUGUCAAUGUAUGACGUUCUGGCCACCUUCACACCGCUGAGCGGCCCGUCACUGACUUCGAUUACAUACGGGUUUCCUUUCGAG